AUGAAGGCAGAGCUCAGGCUCCAGUUAGAGAAGAGGAAAGAUAAGAGGAGCAGAGAGGACGACUCGCUCCCCACGUUCUCUUCUCUGGGUUCGUCUCAGUAAUGAAGUUUUGUGAUGUGCGAGUUUCCAGCGCCGUUCUGAAACACGACCGGACUAUUUCACUUGUCAGAGCGGCUCUGACGACGUGAUCCGACCCUCGUCUACCUCAACAGCUGGAAAUUCUACCUCCAACAUCACAUCACCCCCCGCCGACAUGGACGAGGACGGGGACGGACGCGGGGCUGAAGGGAGCCCGGAGGCCAGGCCGCCCCCCAACGUCAAACCCAAACUCAGCAGUGAGAGCGGCGGCAACAGCAAAGAGGAGGCCCGGAAGAAAGCGAAGCCCGCCAAGGUGAGGAGGUCCAGGAGCACCGACUCCAACCGGCCGGAGAGAGGGCGGAGGAGUGAGCGGGAGAGGCAGCAUGGAGAGAGGAGGCGGCGCGGGAGGAGCGAGGAGGCCCGGCGCCGGGACCGGAGGGAGGGGGGCGGCGGCGGCGACGGCAGGAAGGCGAAGCCUCCGGAGGACGAGGUGGAGGACACCGAAUGCGCCGUGUGCUUCUGCUCCUACGACAACGUCUUCAAGACCCCGAAGCUGCUGGCCUGCGGACACACCUUCUGCCUGGAGUGUCUCGCUCGCAUCAACGUGACCUCGGCCGAGCUCAAGACCCUGACCUGCCCCGUGUGCCGAGAGCUGACCGAGCUGCCCCACGGCCAGGACCUGCCCCGGCUGGGCAACAACCAGGACAUCAUCAGCAAGCUGCCCGCGGACAUGCACAGGGCCCUGUCCAUCCGCUUCAAGCGCAGCCAGGGGAAGCUGAUGCUGAAGCACCCCCCUCCCAACAGCCCCACCAAGCCGCACAACCUCAUCCUGCCCAAGAAGAGCCCGGAGGCCCAGGCGCCGCCGGACGCCAGCCUCCGCCUGGGCGACAUGGAGCAGGGAAUGGCCCCGGCCACGGUGCUGAACGUGGGCCGGCCCCCCAGCAGGGUGAGGGGCCGCCUGCGCCGGCUGUUCCGCUCGGACCAGUGCUACUACGCCGUGGUGGCGUCCAUCAUCACCAUCACCGUGGCGCUCAUGCUGGUGGGGAUCCUGGCGUUUGUGAUCAUCCCCAACGUGGUGAUUAACCGCAGGCCGGAAACAAACAACCAAACCAUGCAGCCCCCUCCAGAUCUCAAUCCAGGACCCUGAAGUAGUCAGGGGCGGGGGGGGCUGGCCCACGGAGAACCUCACGGAGAACCCACGGAGAACCUCACACAGCCUCUUUUAAGUCUCGGUGUGGAAAUGGUGACGGAAUAAACGACGCACGCGUUCAGGACAUGAAGGAAGGACGGGCACAUUUUUCUUCUCGCCGAUGAAGCGAGCGAAGGGAAGCGACAGAGCUGCGUCUUGUUUUUCUUUUUUUGAACUCUUUCGUUCUCUUCUGAACGUUACUGUGAAGCAAGCAGCGCUGCGUGGAUGAAGAUUAAUAAGCUGUAAAUGUUCAAAUGCACUUAAGGUAAAAAAAAAUACGAGUAUGUGUGGACUGCGUCGGGUUGAUCUCAUUAACCAGUUCAGGGUUUCUAGUCCUUUAUGAAUGUUCUGUGUAGUCCAAGCCCCUCCCACUGUACAUAGCCAUAGAUGAUUUAUAUAUUUGUAAUUAUAAGAAUGGACUUUAUUUACCCGUCUGUCUAAUAAAGCUGUUUUUGAGACACUU